UGAUGUCACAUCCAGAAUGCCACACUCUGGUUAUAGGAUGGUGAAGGGAAUCUUGCUGGCUGAAGGGCACAGAGUACAGUAUGACCGUGUUAGAGCAUCACUUCAUCGUGUUGACACACUCGGAGUCCUGUCCAGGAUGACGGAGAUGGGUUGCGUUGUCAGAAGAAGAUAUUCAGUUCCAGGCCCCAAGUCAAUGAUGCACGUUGAUACUAAUCAUAAACUAAUUAGGUAUGUGUCCUUCUAUGCUCCUAAAGCUAUUAAAAUUAUCGGAAGGUGUUGCCUGGUUUGUUAUUCCUUGUUUUAUUUGUAAUUUAUAGUAUCCUCUGGGUUCAGCUUAGAUUGUGCAUUCCUAUUAACGUCUGUGGACAGCUACUCCAGCCUAGUAUUGAUUAUGGUCAGCUUUCAUGUUACCUACUAAAAAGUUUUUUUUUUAUCUUAUAUUAGAUUCAACAUUGUUGUGUUUGGUGGAGUGGAUGGCUUCUCAAGAAAGAUAAUGUACCUGGGAGCUGCCACGAACAACCUGGCAUCAACUGCACUGACCUUCUUCCAGGAAUCAGUAGACAGAUUUGGUUUCCCUCUUAGAGUAAGGGGCGAUCAGGGAGUUGAGAAUGUCCAGAUAGCACGCCUCAUGUUCACAGUCCGUGGAACUGGGAGGAGCAGUUUCAUUUCUGGAAAAAGUGUCCACAACCAGCGCAUCGAGAGAUUAUGGAGAGACGUGUGGACCGCAGUGACCAGCAUGUACUACGAUGUCCUCCACUAUCUUGAGGAAGGCAACUAUCUUGACAUUGCAGACCAAACACACAUUUUCUGUUGCCAUUACACCUUUGUACCAAGACUUCAAGAUGACCUGGACAUUUUUCGAGAGGGCUGGGACAAUCACCCCUUAAGAACCGAGGGCAACAUGACUCCAAACCAGCUGUGGGCAAUAGGACAAGUUUAUGAGCCAGUUCAGGAGCCCCAAAAUGAGGAGGUGUUGGGCAUACCAGAGAUUGAUUGGGAGAGCAGUGGGUUACCUCACAUUAGAAAUACUGGAAUUCAUGUUCCUGCCACAGGCUGUCCACUUACAGCAGAGCAGUUUACAGCACUCAGAGACUUCAUUGACCCCAGAGCAACAUCACAGUCACGGGGUGCUGACAUCUAUAUGGCUGCUGUGCAGUUCUGCCAGACUCUUUUGGAAUGAGAAGUUUCUGAAUGCAUUUUAGAGGACGAUGGGGUGACAGCAAGAAAAAUACCACAGUGGAUUCUUUUCCAAUGGAAAACAGUGGAAUUGUUAAGACAUUAUUUCCUUAAACAUUUAAGUUUGUUUCAUCCAUGUCUGCUAAAAUUAGUUACAUUAUGUUGAUUAUAGGGAGUACCAAGAUACCAUAAAAGCUUAAGAAAGGCAUUCAUUUUUCUGUAGACGCAACAUUUUAUUUCUAAUUCACCAAUUUUCUAUUGACAAAUAAAAUAUUUUACAUCCAGAAUUGCCAUGUGUCCAAUAUUUUGUUAAAUGAAAAGAGUGCAUGAUUACAAAACAGUCUAUGCAAACAAACUUUCGAAGGCAUAUAUAGUUGUAA